AAAAUUAAAACUGUAAAUAGUUUUCAUGAUGAAGACCUCAAGUUAGAUCAGGUUGGAUGAUGAAGUUGGUCUCAGGUUGGAUGAUGAAGUUAGUCUCAGGUUGGAUGGUGAAAGUCAGUAAAUUACAGUCUGACUGAAACAAACAUCAGGUAGUUUAGCGUCAGGUGACUCUACGAUGCCGAGUCCUGUUGACUUGUUUCAUUGAUCCAGGGAUGAUCAGGACCUCUUUAUAUUGGAUUCAGAGCUCCUGAGGGUCAAAAUAAUAUUUAUCAUGAAAAAUUGCAUUUUUUUUCAACAGAUUAAAUAGAUUCCAGGUCAUGUGACACACUGACACAUGACACAGAACCUUAUGAGAAGAACAUGCUGAUUUUCCAAAAUACCAUAACGAGCACAAAGACGUAAUCGAUAGAUCAAUAGAUAGAUGGCUAGAUAGAUGGAUAACUUUAUUUAUCACUGACAGGAAAUUUGGUUAUCACUGCAGCAGGUACACUCAGAACAAAUACAAUCAAAGAUAAGAAACAACCUCCUUAACAAUAGAAUACUAUAUACAAUAAGCGGCUUAGUAGUUAUGAGAUAGAAUACGAUAAAACUAUUGAGAUAGAAAUGAAAUGUUGAGGUUAGUGGAACAUAAGCUGCAGGUUUAUGUACAGACGUGUUUCACCUUCAAACAUGAGCAGAACCAGCUGAGCAGAACCUGCUGACCCAAAAUGAAUCCUGCUGACAGAAAUGAUGAUUUGUCAUGAAACUAUUCAGAAUAACUUGAAGAACAAAAAGCAUCAUGUCUAGUGAAGACACAUGACGAGGACUGACGCUCUUCACCACCAGGUGGCUCUAAAGUCUACAACGACGACAUGUCAAUCAUCCUGUUACCGGGACAACCACAAACACAAGCCCCAUUCACAGGGGAUCAGGAUCAGAAUCAGAAUUUCCUUUAUUUGUGCUGCACACAGGGACCUUUCUAUAUCACAGCAGCCAAAGGACAGAAAAAACAGCAAUCAAUAAUAACAGUCAAAGAAUAAACAAUAAAACAGUAAGAAAAAGUAGACUGAUAAACAUCGUGUUUUACACUGAGAACUGUGAGACUUUAGCAGUGUGGCAGUGACACACACACACACACACACACAGACCGCUGAUCAUAACUGGACAUAACAGGUCUUACAAACACACAGGUGAACAGUUACUUCAUCAAACUGGUUCUUCAUGAUUUGAAAAUAACUUAUUGAUUAGUGGAAACACAACAAAGCAGCAUGUUAUUGUAUCAGAGCUGACAGCUGAAUGAAGCUGGAGACUGAGAUUAAAGAGAAGCUCUGACAUGGAUCAACACUGUGAUCAACACUGUGAUCAACACUGUGAUCAACACUGUGAUCAACACUGUGAUCAACACUGUGAUCAAUACUGUGAUCAACACUGUGAUCAACACUGUGAUCAGUAACGUGUCAGGACACGUCUGCUCACAAUUAAACAUAAACUAGAUAUUGAUAAGUGUGACGUCACAGUCUUCCACUUCUGUUUUGUUGCACUGUACAAACACAAGAAUGUUCUGGUUCUGAAAGAGAGAUAUGAAAUAAAUAAAUACACCGAAAUAAAAGACAGAACCAAGACUGCCCUUCAUCUGUGACAGAGACCCGAACUCUCACCAUCACCACUGACUGAACCCUACCCUUCAGAAUAAAAGCCCAACUUCUAACUCCUGAAAGCAGACUCAUGUGGUGGACCGGACUGAUGAGGCGGACCGGACUCGGACCGGACUUGGACCGGACUCAUGAAGCGGACUCUGCUGGUUGUGUGUUCCGGCUGAUGAUGAGGUCGUUCUCCAGUCCGCUGCUGGAUGUUUCGCUCUUAUUUUGAUAAGUGCUGAAGUGGCCUGACUUCCUGUUAUGUCUGGGUAGUAUGACACACACCACCCGUGUGUGUGUGUGUGUGUGUGUGUGUGCAGAGACACACACACACAUACACACGCACAUACACACUCACAGACAGCCGUCACAGGCAGCGGAUCACAGCCGAGUGGAGAGCUCCGAGUCCCGGUGAAGAUGUCGGUGCUCGGCCCGGCCCCCAGCAGCAGCACCGACGCCUGCCUGAGCAUCGUCCACAGCCUCAUGUGCCACCGGCAGGGCGCCGAGAACGAAGGCUUCGCCAAACGGGCCAUCGAGAGUCUUGUGAAGAAGCUGAAGGAGAAGAAGGACGAACUGGACUCGCUCAUCACCGCCGUCACCACCAGCGGAGUCCAUCCCAGCAAGUGUGUCACCAUCCAGAGGACGCUGGACGGACGGCUGCAGGUGGCAGGUAGGAAGGGGUUUCCUCACGUCAUCUACGCCCGUCUGUGGCGUUGGCCCGACCUCCAUAAGAACGAGCUAAAACACGUGAAGUUCUGUCAGUUUGCAUUUGACCUGAAGUACGACAGUGUUUGUGUGAACCCCUACCACUACGAGAGGGUGGCGUCCCCCGCCACUGCAGUGCUAUAUCGUAGUCAGCUGGAGGAGGACACUCCCACGCUCUGUCAGGACACUCCCACAUUCUGUCCUCAGUCUCUGAUAAAGGAGGAGUUCAUGCAGGACUGUCUGCAGCUCGACCUGCCCCCCCACCCUGACCCCUACAGCCAGCCCCGCCCAGUCAGCAUAUAUCCCAGCAUGCCCCUCUCUCCUCCAGGCAGCAGCUCCAUGACUCCUACAGCUCCAGUCAUCUGCAGCAGGAGCAGAGGUGGUGAGGGACUCCUGAAGAUUGCACCCCCACAAAACCACGGAGGACAUGCCUCCCCAUCUCACCCCAACCCUCCUCACACCCCUCAGCCUCCUCACCCUCCCACCCCCACCUCCCCCCAACAGCAGAGCCCCGAGUACAGCAGCCCCCCCAACACUGCCACGUGGCCAGGUACUAGCCCCACUCCCUACAGCCCUGCAGGACCUCAUCAGAGUGGGAGGAGCCACCAGCAGCCUCCAUUACAUCAUCAUCACCACGCCGCUAACACUCACUUCUGGUCACAGCAUCAUAGUACUGCUCCAUAUCCACAACCAGUGUCGAACCACCCAGGUCCAGAGUUCUGGUGUUCCAUCUCGUACUUUGAGUUGGAUGUCCAGGUCGGGGAGAUGUUUAAGGUCCAGUCCAGCUGUCCUCUAGUGACGGUGGAUGGUUAUGUGGACCCUUCAGGAGGAGACCGUUUCUGUUUGGGACAGCUGAGUAACGUCCACCGCACAGCUGGCAGCCAUCGUGCCAGGCUUCACAUCGGCCGGGGGAUUCAGCUGGAGUGUCGAGGGGAGGGGGAUGUUUGGAUGCGUUGCCUUAGCGACCACUCAGUGUUCAUCCAGAGUUUCUACCUGGACCGCGAGGCGGGUCGAGCGCCUGGAGACGGAGUCCACAAGAUCUACCCUGGAGCAUACAUCAAGGUGUUUGACCUGCGGCAGUGUCACAGACAGAUGCAGCAGCAAGCGGCAGCAGCUCAGGCAGCUGUAGUAACUCAGGCAGCAGCAGUUGUCGGUGCAAUUCCAGGGCCGAACAGCGUGGGGGGGAUCGCCCCUGCAGUCAGUGUGCGUUCAGCCGCAGGUCUGGGCGUGGACGACCUGCGCAGGUUGUGUAUCGUGCGUCUGAGCUUUGUUAAAGGUUGGGGGUGUGAUUACCCCCGUCAGAGCAUCAAGGACACCCCCUGCUGGCUGGAGGUUCACCUGCACCGGGCACUGCAGCUGCUUGACCAGGUGCUGCACACGCUGCCGCCACGAGAACACGCAGUGUGACCCACUGCAGCAGCUGUGUGUGUGUGUGUGUGUGUGCGUGCGUGUACUUAGGUGUAGUUUAGCUCACAGGAAAACAAAUCACAGCAGAGGAUUUGUGCACAGAAGCCGUCACCUGAACCUCCCACCUGACUGUCAGGACUCAUAAGCUCCACCCACGCAGGUGAAAACAAACACACCUCAGCUCUUUUGUCCAAAGGCUUCAGACAAUCAGCAUCCCUCCUGUCAGUCAGAGGAAUUGUCAUGGAAACCAGCAUCUAAAGGGACAGGUGAUCAGAGCAAAGAGGAGUAUUUCCUGUCCUUCAAUCGUCUCCGCUUGUCUUGACGUUUUUUAACAAUCGUAGUCAUUAAUUCAUUCACAUGAAUAUUUCAGUUUUGUUCAUGUUGGACACGUUCAGGCAGAUGGCUGCAGCUGAGUGAUCUCACGCUCUCUCACCGCUUCUGUUAAUGAUUCAUUGAACCAAACCAAGAAAACAAAUGUCUGUAAAUUCCUUCACCUGACCUUCCUGUGUUUAUUUAUCUCAGGAUGUAUUUUCUCUUUUGUGUUCAUGAACCUUUUCGAGUACUUAACUUUAGUUUUGACAAAACAUAUGAGACAAACUUUACCAAACAGAGUCGUGUCAUGACCUGUAUUAUCUUUGAUUGCUGUUAAGUUUGAAUAUAUCUUUGACUUUUUAAAGUCCUGUUGCCACCUGUGGGCCCAGUUCAAUAUGAUGCGGUCCUGUCUGAUGACCUGUGGAAUUCCUCAGGGUCGACUCUGGGUUCUGUCAGUCUUUUGUCAUGCAGUCAGCAGAUGAUGUCAUCAGAGAACGCUCCCUGAUGUCAUCAGCGCCUCAAUGUUUAUGUUCGACACAUGAUUUAUAACUGGAAAACUUGUGAUGUCAUCUUUGUGUACUGUCGGUGUUUGGCUGUUCCUUUAACAAGUCUAUUAAUUAUUUAUUUUAAACACUUACCUGCCAAAGAUUCAUUCCUGUUAUUGUUGACAUCAUAUCCUGUUUCCUGAUUCAGCUGAUUUUUUCUGUCACCUGUUUUUUUCUCUCUCUCUGCUUUUUAUCACAUUUAAUAUUUUAAGACUUUUAUACUGAAAGGGUGUAUAACUGUGACAACUGCUGUUUAUUCAAAAUUAAACCUUUUCA